CACGACUUCUAUAUAAAUAUCGCAUCCAGCCAAUGACAGACAUCAGUCGGUUCUUUGGUUUCUUUGUCUUGCAAGGAUAAACUUAAAAAAUGAAGUUACUUUUGGCGAUUAGUUGCUUGCUCGUAGUUGCGACAAUGGUACGCAGCGAUUUAAGCGAGGUCAGAGGAAAAUAUAAGCUAAUUAUGGAAGAACACAUAGCACCGUGUGCCAUGGAACAUAGUGUUUUACCGACCGAAAUGAGUAACUUCGAUGUUGCGACUUUGGAAGGAGAAGACAGAACUAAAUUCGGAUGUAUGAAAGCAUGCAUCUUGAAACGUUUAGGGGUUAUGGAUGAGUCCAGCUUUAAACCUGAGAAUUUCCAAGAAGUGAUUGAAAAAGUGUUCACCGAACCUGAUAAAGUAACCGAACAACUGAGCCUUGCAAACUAUUGCGUUGAGAAAGUUAAAGAAAACACAGAUCCAUGCGAUGCUGCGUUCGAAUUUACAAAGUGCACCAUGACCGGAUCUAUUGAGACAUAAUGCGAUAUUCUUUUCCUGAAAUACCAAUCUUAAUAAAUAUACGGACGAACGACGAACAACAUUGUAUAAUUAUAAAAAUCUGAGUUAAAUAAUAAUUAGAUAAGAACCGAAAA